AUGGAAAACACACAAGAUGGAACCCUGGGGGACUGGUUCAAGAUCACAGUCCCUUAUGGGAUAAAGUACGACAGGACAUGGCUAAUUAAUUCAAUCCAGAGCCAUUGCAGUGUCCCCUUCACUCCAGUGGAUUUCCACUAUGUUAAACACCUGGCCCAGUUCUUUGUCCAGGAUGCUAGUGCUGCCUCUGCAUUGAAGGACAUAAAUGGCAAGAUCUGUGAUGAGGAGAACCAAAAGAUAUUUAUCUUUGUUAAUACUUCUGCUGUACCCUACUCUGCAUGCAAUAAGUUGGAGCCAGAAAAAAUGGAGCAACUAAAGCUGACCAUAAGCAAACGAUAUGAUGUUUCUCAGAAAGCUCUUGACCUUCACAAGCUCCGCUUUGACCCAGACUUACUGGGCCAUGAUAUUAUUAUAAUCCUAAAUCGAAGAAACUGCAUGGCUGCCACCCUGCAGAUCAUCAAAGAGAAUUUCCCUGAGCUGUUGUCCCUGAAUUUGUGUAAGAACAAACUGUGCCAGCUGGAUGGUCUGUCUGAGAUUAUGCAGAUGGCACCCACAAUCAAGAUCCUGAACCUUUCCAAAAAUCAGCUAAAGUCAGCCUACGAGUUGGACAAGAUAAAAGGGCUGGAGCUGGAAGAGCUGUGGCUGAAAGGGAACCCCUUGUGCAAUACCUUCCCAAACCAGCCCACUUACAUAAGCGCCAUCAGAAAGUAUUUCCCCAAGUUGUUACGCUUGGAUGGCCAGGAUUUACCUCCACCAACUAUAAUUGACAUGGACAUAAUAAAACCCUGUAAGGAAAGCUUUAAAGGACCUGAGACCCUAAAGAAUCUAGUCUUUCAAUUUCUGCUUCAAUAUUACUUGAUUUAUGAUUCUGAAGACCGAGAACGUCUCCUCAGCGCUUACCACGAGGAGGCCUGCUUCUCCCUAACCGUUGCCUUCAACUCCGAAGACCCAGCCCUAAGCAGCUGGUGCGAGUACUUAAAGGAUAACAGGAAUAUGAAGAAAGUCAAGGAUUCUGACCUGCGGGUUCAGCUACUGAAGCAUACAAAGUGUGAGAUUGUGAACUUCCUCUGCGUGUUCCCCAAAACUCAGCAUGACCUUAACUCCUAUGUGGUAGACCUGUGGGCCCACACAGAAACUAUGCUCUGUUUUUCUGUCAAUGGCGUUUUUAAGGAAGUGGAAGGAAAGUCUCAAGGGUCUGUCCAUGCCUUCACCCGGACCUUCAUCUUAUCUUCUGGCAGCAAUUCCAGUAUGUGCAUCGUGAACGAUAUAAUGACUGUGGGGGACACCAGGAUAGAAGAAACCCAAAGUGCAUUCUCCAUUCCAGUGCCUACACCCACCUUUAGCUCCCUGUCUACCCUCUCCCAGGAACAGCAAGAAAUGGUGCAGGUUUUCUCCACCCAUUCUGGGAUAAGCCUCGAGUGGUCUCAAAAGUGCCUUCAGGACAAUGAGUGGAACUACAUUAAAGCUGCUCAGGUCUUCGCUACGCUCAAGACCCAGGGCAAGAUCCCAGAGGAGGCCUUCGAACAAAUCCCUUAA